CCGACCCUGCGUCCCCCCAGCGCUGACCCCGCUCCCACAGCGCGGCCAUGGGCGAGUGGGGCUUCCUGAGCUCGCUGCUGGACGCCGUGCAGGAGCACUCGCCCAUGGUGGGCCGCUUCUGGCUGGUGGUGAUGCUCCUCUUCCGCAUCCUGGUCCUGGCCACCGUGGGCAGCGACGUCUUCGAGGACGAGCAGGAGGAGUUCGUGUGUAACACCCAACAGCCGGGCUGCAAACCCGUGUGCUACGACGCCGCCUUCCCCAUCUCCCACUAUCGCUUCCUCGUCUUCCACGUCGUCCUGCUCUCGGCGCCCGCCGCCCUUUUCGUCAUCUUCGCCGUGCACCAGGCGGCCAAGCCGGGGCGGGGGGGGGCUCCGGGCCAGCGCGCCCGCCGCCUCCAGCCCUUCUACGUGGGCAGCGUGGUGGCCCGGAUCGCGGCCGAGCUGGGCUUCCUGCUGGGCCAGGCGCUGCUCUACGGCUUCAGAGUGCAGCCGCUCUUCGUCGGGGGGGGGGGGGGGGGGGGGGGCCGCCCCCGGCCCUGCCCGCACCGCGUCGACUGCUUCGUCUCCCGCCCCACCGAGAAAACCGUCUUCAUCCACUUCUACUUCGUGGUGGGGCUGGUGUCGGCGCUGCUCAGCCUGGCCGAGCUCGCCCACCUCCUGCGCAAGGGGCCCCCGGCGCGGCCCGGCUGCUGCCCCCGGCCGCAGGAGCGGAGCGCGGCUCCGGGACAGCCGGCGGAGGCUGCGGAGGGACCCCGCGGUCCCUAUCCGCGGGGCGACCUCACCGUGUGA